ACUCUCUUCCCUAUAAAUCUUAAAACGCUCCAAAGCUAGUUUUACCGACACUCCUGAAAACUCUUACAUAAACUUUUCCGAGCCAAAGAAACCAAAACAAAAGAAAAAAGAAAAAACCUUUCCGAUUAUAGUAGUAGUAUAUACCAUUUACAUUAAUGGACUCAGACUUGGCUGUCCUCAAAUCGAUUCGACAGCAUCUCCUAGAUGAAUCCGAAACUUUCGACGAAGUUGAGGUGUGCCUUGGCAACGUUUUUACGUUGGAGACUACGAACUACUGGGGCUCAUCGCCGUUGAAGGUGGAGGACAACAACGUUAACUUCGGAUGGGUUCCGUCGAACGAAGUUGUCGACGACCCAGUUAAAGCGAAGCCACGAGAAACGAAUAAUAAAGAAGCUGUGGCUGUGGCGCGUGAGGCGCACGCGCCGCAUUACAGGGGCGUGAGGAGGAGGCCGUGGGGGACGUACGCGGCGGAGAUAAGGGACCCAAAGAAGAAUGGCUCGAGAGUGUGGCUCGGGACUUACGAGAAGCCCGAGGACGCGGCUUUGGCUUAUGACCGAGCUGCUUUUAAAAUGCGUGGCUGUAAGGCUAAGCUUAAUUUCCCACACUUGAUUGGCUCGAAUAUGGCGGAGCCGCCGGUGAGAGUCACCCAAAAACGCCGCUCGCCUGAACCGUCAUCGCCGUCGGAUAACGGCUCGGCUAAGUCGAAGAGGAGUAGAAGCCGGAGUGGCUCAGUGGUUCAAGCUGAGUCGAGUAAUGGAAGUAGUAGUGCAAUAGAGGAGGUUUCAAGUGAGGCUAUAGACACUUGGUACUCAUCGGCUAAUGAAUCAUUUACCCAAAGUUAUUAUGAUAUUACAGAUUCAAUGAUUUAGUUUAUAGAUAAUUUCUUUGAAAAAAUUUCGUUUACCCUAUGAUUUUUGUAGUUUAACUGGCAUUUGUUUGAUGUUUCCAACCGAGAUGUAUAAGAUUUAACACUUUCCA